AUCUGAAAGCUUUUAAGAUGAAGAAGUAGCCUGCAGUCGACCCUUCACCCAGUUUGGAUUCUGUCCCAGUUCUGCAGAUUAUAGAGCCUGAAUAUUUAGGUUAUUUUCCCCCAACAUGGCUUUUUUCAGGCACCAGAUCCAGAGGACCUUCUCUUCUUCGGCUAUUAGGAAUGUUGUUAUCAAAAACGUGACGGUCAUCGGAGGAGGUCAGAUGGGAGUAGGAAUUGCACAAGUCGCUGCAUCCACCGGCCACUCGGUGACCCUGGUGGACAUGACGGACGACAUCCUGAAGAAAGCGAUGAAGGGAAUCCAGACCAGCCUGAGGAGAGUGGUGAAGAAGACGUUCUCCGACGACCCGGAGUCUGGCGACGAAUUCAUCCAGAAGGUGAUGCAGAACGUGUCCACCACCACAAAGCCUUCAGCUGCCGCCGCCUCCUCAGACCUGAUUCUGGAAGCCAUCGUGGAGAAUAUGAAGGUCAAACAGGAUCUAUUUGGUUUCCUGGACAAGAUGGCGCCCGAACACACCAUCUUCGCCAGCAACACGUCCUCGCUGCCCAUCAGUGACAUCGCCAGCGCCACCAGCAGGCCGGACCGGUUCGGAGGCCUCCACUUCUUCAACCCCGUUCCCAUGAUGAAACUGGUAGAGGUCGUCGCGACGUCGUCGACCAGCCCAGAGACGUCCGAGUCCCUCCUGAACUUCACCAAAGCGCUCGGAAAAACGCCCGUGUGCUGCAAGGACACCCCUGGGUUCAUCGUGAACCGGCUGCUGGUUCCCUACAUGAUGGAGGCCCUGCGGCUGCACGAGAGAGGCCACGGGUCCAAAGAAGACAUCGAUACCGCCAUGAAGCUGGGCGCCGGGUAUCCGAUGGGACCGUUUGAGCUCAGCGACUACGUGGGACUGGACACAUUAAAGUUCAUCAUGGAUGGCUGGAGCGAGAAGGAACCCAACAAUCCGAUCUUCGCUCCCAGUGAUCUCCUCAACAAGCUGGUCGCUGAGGGGAAACUGGGCAAGAAGUCGUUAGAGGGAUUCUACAAGUACAACAAGUGAUCGGAUCAGAACUGGAGCAGCGGAGAACGGAUCGGAACAGCAAAGUGCCUCUCGGGUCGUUAACAUCCAGACCAUCCAACCUGAUUAAACCCGUGCUUUAGAAACAGCUGCCUGUAAUUAUUUAAAGAAAAAUAAACCAGUAAAGUGAUUGAUUA